AUGAAAAAAAAAGAUAAUCCUGAUACAAAUGUUCUUAAUUUAACAUAUGAAAAAGUUCCAACUAUCUUUAAAUGGGAUCCAUUAUAUUUAAAAGAUGAUAAUACAAUACCACGCCAUAAAAAAGGUGCAUGGAUUAGAAGAAUUAAUAAAAGAAAAGCAAUUGGUCGUAUAGUACCAAUUUCUAAAGAAAAUAAAGAAUUAUUUGCAAUGAGAAGUUUAUUAAUUCAUAGAAAAGGUAUUACAUCUUUUGAUGAUUUGAAAACUAUAGAUAGUAUAGAAUUUCCAACAUACACAGAUGCAGCAAAAUAUUUAAAUUUAAUAGAACAUGGUGCUUUGGAGUUAAAUUAUUUUAUUGAAUUGAAGAAUUUAUUAACUCCUCAAGAAUUUAUUAAUGCAUUUGUUAUCUAUAUAUGUUUUGAUCCCGAAUUCAAAGAACAUAAAAAAAUAUUUAAUCUACAUAAAGACUAUAUGAAUCAAAUAUAUUUAUCAAGAUAUCAAACAAAUAUUAGAGAGAUACCUAUUGAUGAAGAAAUAGUUAUGCUAAGAGCAAAUAAUCAUUUGUUAUAUGAUAUAAGUUUAAAAUUAUCAGCCAAUGGUUAUAAUUUUUCUAAUACAGAUUUACCAUUGAAAAAUAUUAAUUAUGAUAUAAUAAUUGAUAAUGAAGGAAAAAAUAAUGAAGAUGAUCUAAAACUUCUACAACUUUAUAUUUCCAAUGCAAAAAAAGAACAAAUAAAUGCUUUUAAUUUUUUUAAACUUUUACUUAAUGUAGAUAGAGAAUAUAAAGUAAUGAUGAUAGAAGGUCCAGCAGGUACUGGAAAAACAUAUGUUUAUCAAAUGAUUUCAACAUAUCUAAGAACUGAAGGUAAAACAUAUGUAAAUUUAGCAUCAACUGGAAUAGCAGCUUCAUUACUACCAGAAGGACAAACUGUACAUUCAUUUUUAAAACUGCCUUUAAAUAUAAAUAGAAAAGAUUAUGUUGUUGAUAAAAAAUUAAUUCGAACAAUGACUGAAUCAGAUAUUUUCCGAUUAAAAAAUGCAUCUGCUAUUUUUAUUGACGAAGUAUCAAUGUUAAGUAAAAAACAACUUCAAUAUAUUAAUAUGGCAUUACAAAAAAAUACUAAAAAUUAUAAUUGUCCUUUUUAUUCAUCAACUACUGCAGAGAUAAUAGCAUCAACAAUAUUAUCAUCCAAAUAUUUUACCAGUAAAAAUCAAGUAAAAAGAAUAUUUUUAACUGAAAAUAUGAGAGUUGGACAUGGAGAAAGUGAUUUUGCUCAAUUUUUAUUAAAAAUUGGUAAUGGUGAAACAUACAACUCAUCAGUUACAUAUUCAUUAGAUGUUAGAAUGGACAACCAUAGAUUUGUCACAAUUCCUAAAGAAAUGAUUUUUACCGGUUAUGAUAAUUAUUUCAUUGAAUAUGUAUUUGGAAAGAGAAAUUAUGAGAUUUCAAAAAGCAAAAAUUCUGUAAUUCUAACAUCAGCAAAUAAUUUACAAGAAACAUAUUUAUCAAAUAAUACAUUAUACUUUGAAAAUGAUUUUCAAAAAAAUGCCGAAGAAUUAGAAUUUGAUUGUGACACUUUAAGUACAUAUAAUCCAUCAGGAUAUCCAUUACAUGAAUUAAAAAUUUCUAAAGGAUGUAUUUUAAUAUGUCUUAGAAAUUUAAAUAUAAAAAAAGGAUUAUGUAAUGGAACAAGAAUGAUAUUUCAAGAAGCUGUUGUAACGAGUGAUGGAUCACAAAAAUUGCUGAAAUGUAAAUCAUUAGACGGGGAAAAAAUAUUCCACAUUCCAAGAAUAUUGCAUACUCCAAUUGAUUUAAGAAUACCUAUUCCAUUUACAAGGUACCAAUAUCCAGUAAAACUCGGCUUUUGUAUGACAAUUAAUAAAUCACAAAGACAAACUUUAGAAAAAGUUGGUCUUUAUCUUGAAGAAAGCCUAUUUGCACAUGGACAAUUAUAUGUAGCUUUAAGUCGAGUUAGAUCAAUAUAG